CUCCGGACGGGGUAUAUGUUUUGUCAUUUAGAUUUGAUGUUAUGCUAUAUUAAAUUCAUGAUUGCUCAUUUAUAACUUUGAGAUUUAAUGUGUUUUUACAGUUUGUGUGGGAUGCAUACAGUCCAAACCGGAUUGCGCCGCAUCUUAUUCCAUUUGAGAUCAACGAUGGUGCAGAGCUCUAGAGUGCGACUGUGCCUUUAAUAUGCUUUGAGACUGUGGAGUGGCAUCCCACUGAUAGGGUCAGAAGACAAUUUGGCUUUCAUAAAGACCCGCCAGUUGAACCAAUGAAACUCGGCGCGUCCCACAACAUAGUGCUGACGGGACCCAAAAACAAAAACUGGGGCGUAGAACACGAAAAAUGGAUCUCACAAUGGUUAAACAGUCUUGCAUCUGUAUUGACCAGUGCACAUGGCGACCAUUAUCAACCUUUUGAGCAGUACAUGGACUGGUAUGUUCGUAAUUUUGGUCAUCACCUGCGUCUCUCCGAGCAUGCCAAUGAAGAACAACAACCACAACAAGAGUAAUCACAUCAACAAGAGCAACCAGCUUAGCAACAACACCUACCACGGCAAGAUCAACAACCAUAUUCAUAGCCAUAUAUAUACCCACCGUAUCCGUACCUACCACAUCCACAAGCAUAUGCAUACCCACCAUGCGCACAACCAUAUUCACAGCCUUUCACUCAGCCUGUUAUAUCAUAUCCACCAUACUCACAGGAAUAUGCACAACCUUUCACUCAGCCUACCAUACAGCCAUACACACAGCCCUCUACGAUGCACGAGGAAUACAUACUGACCCAGGCACCGCACUAUUCGUUGACACAAAUACUAGGGACAUCGACACCUGAUGAGGAACAGUAUAGGCAUAUUAUUGAUUGGGUUCAGGGUCCUGAGUCAUCUCAAUGGGUAAAUAAUUUAUUCUCUACCCAGGACCCUGUAAAGGUGCCGGUGCCUCAAAAGGGUCCUGGUCGAUUAUCUUUGGAUGCGAGCUGUCCACCGCGGUCCUUUUCUGAGUACUCUAUGCCGAGGAGCUCUGUUGAUUCUGGUAGGAGUGUCCAUAGGGGUAUUGGAUGUCGGCAGAAUCCGACACUGAUUUUUAUGACCGAAGAGGAUGAGGAGGAGACUGACAAUGCGGUUGAGGAGACUUGUGCAGGGGAGCAUGAAGUCGAUCAGCUCGGUUUAGUUCCUGAUGCGGUUGAUGAGGGCGGUACAAGUGAUGAAAUGGUUGACCAAGCUGGUACAGGUGCCCAGGAUAAGGGAUAUGACCUUAGGAUUGACCCAGCUCGUAAAAGUGCCUCUAGAUGGUCUCCGUCAACCAUGAAAAAGAGGGUGAAGAAAUGAUGUUCCAAAAUGGCACGAAGCAUGAAGAAAACUUUCUCUAAAAUGAACCAUUGUACUAAUAUUUAUUAUACAUAUAUAGAGAGACCAUUGUUUAAUGAUAGUGCACACUAGGGUUUAGAUUGUUGUGAACAUGGUUGAUGAAUUGUUGAGAUUGAAAGAACCCUAAAGGGUGGUUAAGUCCAUUUUUAGAAGAGGUUA